UCUCAAUUCAAUUUGUGAAAGUCACGGUUAUCGGGACACGUUUUUUACGGGACAGAGGGUGUAGCUUAGAAGGCAGAGAGAGGAGACGAAGAAUCACAGCAAUGGCCUCCUCAACUGCUCAACGAGAACUACAGCGCGAGCUGGAGAACAAAGCCAACGAUCUGAACAAACUUCAGAAAGACAUCGCAAAAAACCACCAGGUCAGAAAGAAGUACACCAUACAGCUCGGUGAAAACGAGCUCGUCCUCAAGGAGUUGGAUCUGUUGAAAGACGAUGCCAAUGUGUACAAAUUGAUAGGACCGGUUCUAGUGAAGCAGGAUUUGGCGGAAGCAAAUGCCAAUGUUCGCAAGCGAAUUGAGUACAUCUCUGCUGAAUUGAAGCGUUUGGAUGCAACUCUUCAAGAUCUGGAAGAAAAGCAAAAUAGCAAGAAAGAUGCGAUAUUGAAGUUGCAACAAAGAAUUCAAUCUCUCCAGGCUGGAAAAGCCAAGGCAUAAUAUGCUUAACUGGUUGGUGCACUUAAUCAGCAGCAGUAAUUUUGUUCUAUUUUAAGGCUUGGAUGUAGUUUUUAUUAUGUAUGUUUCUGAAAUAGCUGUGCUCAUUCUCGCUACUGUCAUUGUUCACUUUGUUGGCUGUUUAUUUUCAAGGCAAAGUGCGGUGCUUAUUUGUCUCUGGAUGACACGUGUAGACUAUUUCUGAUAUCACAAAUGCUAUGCUGCUUACUUUUUGUAUUA